AUGUCUAGGUCGUCGCAAACAAAUGGCCAUCCUUCUCGCCGUGACAAUCAUUCAAUAUCCUCCACCACUUCAGGAUCUGGCCGCAAUGAACGAGGGUCUCGCCAUCCAACUUCGCCUGCUGUUGAAACAGCUGUAACUCGUCUUUUAGUAUCGAUAAAGCAGCUUUUGGAAGCAUUAACAUUAUGGAGCCAACUUAGGAUGGAUGAAGAGGGCGUAAGCAAUGUUUACGUGCGGUUGGGCAACGAUUUCAAUUCGGCUGUAGCUGCGUUUGGCUCAUUUAACAUUGAAAUGAACGAAUUGCUCUCAGUUCCUGAUGACCUACGAACGGUGUUAGAACAAUGCCUUGCAGAGGAUGCCACUCCAGAAAACCUUGAACUCUACCUCCCAAGUGUCCGUCAAAUUAUCACAAAUCUUCUUCAAGGUCUUCGUGGCAAACAAUCGAUAUACCGCAGAAUCGUCUCGGAUCAGCGUGAUAGGACAAGCGGUGCAGAUCAUGACCGCACAGAGAGUCGAUCUUCGCGCUCUUCACGACGCGAAGGUGCCCAUCGCUCCCAUGGAUCUCGCCAAAUCACGGAAGAGGAGAGAGGAGACGCAGAAACCGCUUCGCGCAGAAGUGGACAAUCAUCCAACCGGAGGAGAGACGCUGCAUCUCAAGGCGCUCUAUCACAGCAAAACACUGGCAACAGCGAUUUUGUAGGCGGAUUUGCUCCUUCCAUUGCCGAGCACCCUGUGGAUAGAAUGGAAGAAGUAUCCGAAACCCCAGCGAGCGAGUACAUUAACGCUCAACGGCGGUCAGAAAGUAGAUCCGCGCCAUCACCUAUCCCUAGUGCUCCUACAUCUUCCUCAUCAACCCUGACUUCUUCCUCCAAUGAUAAACCUCAGAAUAGUGAUAGAUUCAGUGAACCGCCUCAGAAUCCUCCAAUUUCUCCGCCCCCACAGCAAGCGGCCGUCCCUGCCAGCGUGAAACGCUACUCCCUCGUUGAUAAGCCCGUCGACAAGCCUGUUAACACAGCACCCAACGUUGUUGUUGAACCCUCAAGUCCCCCUCUAGACCAAGAUGAAACUAUUUCACCCCCACCACCAGAGACACCACCAAUCGACCCUCCACCGGCCGUCGCAAAGUCAUUAGCAGCCUUGAAAUCCGAUGUUCAUCUGGAAAGACGGGCUUCAAAAAGAUUUUCUAUUUACAAUAUUACCAAGAUGACGGGCGCCUCAACGACUCGAGAAAGGUCAAUAAGGAGCGCCGCAAAUCACCCUAAUCGGCGAUCGGCUGCCACUGGAAAUUUGACCCUGAACGAUCUCGCCGUAUUAACUGAAGUGGAUGAUGAGGAACCAGGUGCCUCAGGAAAAUCAGAAAAUAAUGUAAACAGGAAACCUUCUCGGUCGAACACUCCAGUUCCGGCAGUUCCUCCUCUGCCUUCCACUCCUUCACGGUCACCAGAACCUACUGCGGUCGUUGCCGAUAGCAGUUCUGGCCAAAAUAUACCCCCUUCAGAUCCUUCCAAAAUCACCAUUUUCCUCCAACUAGGGCGCGAAGUCAAGAAAGUAGUCAUCGAUCAAGCUAUCUCUUUUGCAUCACUAAGAGUAUUGUUUGUGGACAAAUUUUCUUACAAUCCCGGACUUGACAACUUCCCUGCUAUCUAUAUUCGUGAUCCAUCCAGCGGUGUGCAGUAUGAGCUCGAGGAUACAGAUGAUGUUAAGGAGAAAUGUCUCAUCUCUCUUAAUAUUGAACCUCUCGACCAAAUCAAGCAGCACAUCGAUGCACAAAUCUCAAGUUUGUCGCACGACAUAAAGGAGCUGAGAUCAGCUGUGGCGGCGAAUAGCAAUAGACAAUCGGCGCAUCUGAACGAUAUCAUUUUGCAGCCUAUGGCGGAGAGCACUCCUGCUCCCAAUAGACCCAGCGACCGACAGUUCCAGCAUAUUGCCCGUCGCCUUUCGAGGUUCAUGGGAGACACACCACCGUCUUUCAUGAGCCAAAUGCAGACCCCUCCAUUGCCAAAUUCCAUUCAGCCUAUGCAAUCCCAGAUGACAGGCCAGUCAUUGCAGCCACAGAUGACUGGAGGAUCAGUGUUAUCUGAGUACACAAGCCGAGUGGUCACUGACCUCAAAACCCAAUUUGACGAAGUCCAAAAUCUGCGUCGUGACCUCGGCAUUAUGCGUCAACUCUAUACCGAGUUCAUGAAGUCUACCAAGGAAUCACUCAAUACCCUUCGUACACAAACACAAUCGGUGAAGCAGCUUGCUAACACCAAUGUCGGGGGCGCUCGGGCGUAUAUCGAUUCUGGGAAGAGGAAACUCGACACUCGCAGUCAAAAUGUUCUGACUGAGGUGGAAAGGUUGCAGGAUAUCAUCGAGGGUAUGAAAGACGAUGUUAUCAAGCGACAUGUCACACCCAACACGGUCUUUUUCCGUAACAUCAAGAAAGAUAUGGAUAAUGUUUCUGCUGAGCUCGCGAGCUUAUCAGAACAUAUUAAUACUGUCAAGCCUAUGUGGAAAAAGACCUGGGAAGAAGAACUCCAGAACAUUGUUGAAGAGCAGCAAUUUUUGACUCAUCAAGAGGAAUUCUUGAGUGACUUACAGGAGGAUUACAAGGCCAUGAUGGAAAUCUAUGGCCACGUCGAGAAGGUCAUUACUCUGCGGAAACCUAACGGUCCUCUGAGCGGAAAACUUCGCAAUCGAAGCUUUAAGCCAGCUCCCCGAGACGAAGGCGACGGCUUGAGCAACGUUAUGCUCGAGAUCAGGACAGCCGCAGUGGACCCAGACAAGCGGUUAAAGGCGAUCGAAGCCAGCCAAAGGAACAGGGAGAAAAAUCUGGCCGCUCGCUCUGAUGAAUUGCAAAUGGAAUUGCAAGACUUCGUGAGCCAGAAAAAGCUAAAAAUGACCGGGGGCGCAGAGGAGGUCGAACGCGUACGGCAAAAGCGUAGUGAGAUGACAUUGAAGGCAAUGUUCACUGGCGGCAGCUCCAGGGGAGACGGGAGCUUGUCACCGUCAUUUGGGGUUGUAGAGUCACCUUAG